AGAAAAUCAAUAAUGAAACUUGCUGUCCACCAAUGUCAAAGCCAAAUUGGAGUAUUCAGUGGAACCAAAGCAGAUUACUUUUAAAUAGGGUUCUGUUCUUGAAUGUACAAACAAGCGACACUGUGCUUAAGAGGGCUUCCCUCUUACCGCAGCCUGCUCAACUGGACCUGGUCGCCAACAAGAGAGAAGCAAAGUCUGACCAAAAUGUUGCCCAUCCAGUACCUGUCCUGCUGCAGCUUGUUAGUGGUACUGGAGCUCGUUGUAGCCCAGUACGAGCACCUCGGCUACCCACUAGGCUACCCGGAGCCAGAGCAGGAGCAGUACUCUCCUCCCCAGCUCACGGCCGACACGCCCAGGAUUCAGCUCAGGCUGGCAGGAGACAAGAGGAAGCACAACGAGGGUCGUGUCGAGGUUUUCUACAACAGCCAAUGGGGAACUGUCUGUGAUGACGACUUUACGAUACACGCUGCACAGGUGGUGUGUCGGGAGCUGGGCUAUGUGGAAGCAGUUUCAUGGUCACCGUCGUCAAAAUAUGGGAAAGGAGAAGGACCCAUCUGGUUUGACAAUCUCCAUUGUACUGGCAAAGAAAAGACUUUGGCGCUUUGUCCCUCCAAUGGGAUUGGUGUUUCGGACUGUAAGCACAGUGAAGAUGUAGGCGUGAUGUGCAGUGACAAGAGGAUCCCUGGAUUUAAAUUUAUCAAUAUUCUUCCCAACCACGUGGAGAACCUCGACAUUCAAGUUGAGGAUGUGCGCAUUCGAGCCAUUUUGUCAUCAUUACGCAAGCGGAUCCCUGUGACAGAGGGCUACGUAGAAGUGAAGGAUGGCGGUAAAUGGAAACAAAUCUGUAACAAGCAGUGGAGCCAUUUUAACAGUAGAAUCAUCUGUGGCAUGUUUGGCUUCCCUGGGGAGAGGAAAUACAAUGCCAGAGUCUACAAGAUGUUUGCUCGCAGGAGGAAGCCCACAUACUGGGAGUUCUCCGUCAACUGUACUGGCAACGAGGCCCAUUUGUCCAGCUGCAAACUGGGGCGGUAUGAAUCCUUGGAGUCCAACGGAACCUGUGCCGAAGGGUUGCCGGUGGUAGUGAGCUGUGUCCCUGGCAGAGCUUUUGCCCCAUCAACUACGACUGGAUUUAGGAAGGCCUUCAGACAAGAGCAACCGUUGGUCCGUGUGCGUGGUGGGGCCAUAAUAGGCGAGGGCCGUGUCGAAGUGUUGAAAAAUGGAGAGUGGGGCACCAUAUGUGACGACAACUGGAACCUGCUGUCUGCCACAGUGGUGUGUCGAGAGCUGGGCUUCGGUACAGCCAAGGAGGCCCUUUCCGGUGGUCGCCUCGGGCAAGGUAUGGGCCCAGUACAUAUGAAUGAAGUGGAGUGUUCUGGGUUUGAGAAGUCCAUCACUGAGUGUUCCUUCAACAAAGAGUCUGUUGGCUGCAGCCACGAGGAGGAUGCAGCUGUCAGAUGUAAUGUCCCUGCUAUGGGCUUCCAGGAAAGGCUGCGUUUGAGUGGCGGUCGAAACCCCUUCGAGGGUCGUGUGGAGGUUCUGGUGGAAAAGAACGGCUCUCUGGUGUGGGGGACCGUGUGCAGUGAGGGCUGGGGAACCAUGGAGGCCAUGGUGGCGUGCAGACAGCUUGGCUUGGGCUUUGCCAGCAAUGUUUUCCAGGAGACAUGGUACUGGCAAGGCGAGGUGAGUGCAGAGAGUGUGGUAAUGAGUGGCGUCCGCUGUUCUGGCACUGAGAUGUCUCUGUCCCACUGCCUGCAUCAUGGAGGCCACCUCAGCUGCUCUCAAGGAGGUGGACACAAUGCCGCUGGAGUCUCGUGCUCCGAGACGGCCCCUGACCUGGUGCUGAACCCUCAGGUGGUUGAGCAGACCACCUACAUGGAGGACAGGCCCAUGUUCAUGCUGCAGUGUGCGUUUGAGGAGGAGUGCCUGUCGUCCUCCUCCAAAGAGACGCCCGCCAACUCCUACCGCCGACUGCUGCGCUUCUCCUCCCAGAUCCACAACAACGGCCAGUCCGACUUCCGGCCCAAAGCUGGGCGACAUGCUUGGGUGUGGCAUGACUGUCAUAGGCAUUAUCACAGCAUGGAAGUGUUUACUAUCUACGACUUGUUCAGUCUGAACGGUACCAAAGUGGCAGAAGGACACAAAGCCAGUUUUUGUCUGGAGGACUCAGAAUGCGAUGAAGGCAUUGAAAAGCAAUAUGAAUGUGACAAUUUUGGAGAGCAGGGCAUCACUGUGGGCUGCUGGGAUACGUACAGGCAUGACAUUGAUUGCCAGUGGAUUGACAUCACUGACAUAAAGCCUGGAGAUUAUAUUUUCCAGAUUAUAAUCAAUCCAAACUACGAGGUGCCAGAGUCUGACUACACUAAUAACAUCAUGAAAUGUAGAUGUCGAUAUGAUGGUCAUCGUGUGUGGAUGUACAGCUGUCACAAUGGUGGCUCAUUAAGCACUGAGACGGAGCAGACGUUCCCAGGCCUCCUCAACAAUCAGGUCACUCACAGGUAAAAAACCCCCAGCCGUUCACCAAUCCGACAAGGAGAACCUCUGAAGCCCACAGCCACUACACGUCUCCAUCUGUGGCGCAAACCUCCUGGCAGCCUUGCCCCUCGCAGCUCCAGCUCCAUCGUUACCAUUCUGCCUGCAAGAGAGAUGCUUAAUGAAUUGAAUGAUGGAAUUUGAUGAAAAGUGUCAUGGGUUGAACAUCGGGGAACCUCUUCAUGAAAAUGUGCAGCACUGGAGAAAAAGAACCUCCUGCAGGGUUCUCAUUUGAAUGUUGUCAUUUAAUGUUGAGGGCUCAGUGGCUUUCAGGCCUGCUGUGCCUCCUUCCGCACUUGUUCAAAAAGUACAUUUUCUAUACCCUGCAUGGACUGUGGUUAUGCCACUCGAGCAAAAAUGAUCAGUGCACUAAACUGGCAAAGCAAACCAGUUCCUCCUUUUUCUUUUCUUGCUUUCUUAAUAGAAUUAUUUUUCCAUCUUCCACACCUCUUUGGGUGCUGGGUGGUCCACUGACAUAUGUUGGACUACAGACUAAACUCUAACUCUCCCUCCACAAUAGAUGAUUACCGCAAAUUGCCGAAAGCAGCAGGAAGCACUUGUGGUUAUUUUAUUUCAUUCAAAUUUGUAAUAAAACCUUGCUUCAUAGUGUGAAGAUGUUGCAGAGCUGGAGUAGAACAUCAGUGUGGAUUCUUACGUGUGGCUAUUUAAAGAUUCAGAAGUGCGGAUGGGUGCGGUUUCUUUAGUUUAAUCAGGUUUCGCUUUAUUGCUUGUUUUAAAAUGUCGUUUUGUACAAUGGUGUGUGUGAAUUCCAUGUUAUUGUACUUUUUAUUAUGAUGUGCUAUCAAACUGGCCCUCUGUUUUCUGAGGGUGCGGUACGUGUUUUACAAGCUACAUUAUGUAUACUAACAGUAUACUUGAUCUAAGCAUUCCAAAAAAAAUUGUGUAUUUGUUAAAUAAUAAUAAAGAUACGGAGCAAACAAAGAA